CAGUCAGUUCGUGCGAUAAGAAAUCCGCGUGUUUUUUUACAAAUUGUCCGAUUAAUUGUUAAUUAAUUGUCUAUUAAUUCAUUUUUUCGUGUAAAAUGGAGGAGAACUGUCGAGCUACAAUCGAUUUCAUCCCGCAUACCUCCCUUGUGAAAAUUUUAGAGCAACUGAGCGUUUUGGAUCAACAUGAAGCCGGAAUGGUAAACAAAUCGUGGUUCAAUGCCGUUUACCGAAAUCCCCGCAACACGGGAGUACUUUCACUCAACUUUGGAAACGUCCUUUUGGACGAUCUCGAGCCUCCUCUCAGCUAUUUUCGUCAUUCUACGAUUCCAUACACUCGCCUGGUCCUUAGCGGUGGCAUUCACCUGGGAACUGUUGAUCAGUUUUUCGCCAAAAUCGGGGAGACGCUCGAGGAUCUCGUCAUCAGACACUUUGUUCUGAAGAAAAAGUACGAAAAAUAUGCAUUUUCGGCUGGGCGUCUUGCUGAUAUUCUGGAAAACAUGCAAAAAUUGAGAUCUUUGGAAAUUUGUUGGAGCUUCCAAACGGAGUUUAUGAACGGAAAUACAGUUUUUCAGCGACAAAAUGGUGAAAAAGUAUUAAAAGCGUUGGAAAAUGUUCGAGAAUUUCGAUUAAUCGCGCGCGAUGUCACAGCCGAGCAAUUCCUGUCGCUCGUUACGCCAAUGAAGCAUUUGGAGUCCUUGUAUGUCGAUAUCAAGUACACAACGGCGUUUUUGCAGCAAGACGGCAAAAAAGCCGCCGACUGGUUUGUGAUUUUGCAAAUAAUUAAAGAGCAUGCGAGUACGUUGCGUCAUUUGUUCCUGAAUUUAUGUUCGAUUGAUGCGCAGCAAGAAGUUCCCCUGAAUAAGAAGGAAUUUUUGACGCAGUUGCAACGAAUUCGGGCUUUGGAGUUGGAAAGUUUUUCCCUAAAUCUCGCAUAUGACCUGAGCAACAACUUUUUGUACCAAUUUUUCCAUAAAUUCUCGAGUACUUUUACGACGUUGGGUCCUGUGCCGAAAAAUGACGUUCCCACACAACCGAUGGAAAUAACGCCCGCCAAUUUAGGAAUUAUCGUCCAAACCUUGCCUCGUUUGCGUUUCAUCAAUGUCAAAGUUACUCGUCCUUUAAAGGAUUUGACGAUUUUCAAUCAUCUUCUGGAGCUGCGUGUCCUAAAUUUGAACGUUCACACCUUCGAUCGCUCGCAUCAUCUAUUCCAUCGUCAAUCACAAGAUUUGCCGUUUAAAAAACCCGCUAUAAAUCCCAAAAUGAAGCAUCUCGUCAUCAAUGGCGCCUCCAAUCAUUACGCACAUCGCGUUUUGUGCAUCAAAUGUGUCAUGUACAUGACGAUUAUUUUCCCGAACGUCACACGUCUCGAGCUGAAUGUGAAUGUCGAGGAAGGUCUCAACGACCAAGCGAUGCGUUUAAUCUUCCAUCACCUCACAAAUUUGGAAGUUUUGGGUGCAAACAAUUGCAAGGAACUCACAGACGACGGAUUUACAGGAACUUUUACGAAAAACGAAAAUUUCACGAUUAUCAAAAAACGUCACGAAAACUUUUCCAUCGGAAAUUUGAAGAAACUCCGGACAGUUUUGCUCUAUCCACUCGAUUAUAUCACGGAUGCCACCUUCAUUGACGGUAUUUCAAAGAUCACGGGAUUGAAACGGAUCGCUAUGACAGGUUUGGAAGAAAUAACCGCCACCGGAAUUGAAGCUCUUGCCGACGGAUGUCCGAAUCUCGAAGUGAUUUUCUUCGAAAACUGCACGCAGUUCGACGAGAGAUUCGUGAAAUUCCUCCUCGCUCGCAUGAUUCACCUGAAAUACAUGAAACUCGGUACCUCGAUGUACUUUCCCGAUGAAAUUAUCAACAUUCCGGGCAUUGAAUUGCUCUCGGAUCGUGUCACUGGGGAACGUACCGUCGUUUGGAGAGCACAUAACUUUUACAAAUGCGGCACUGGGCAAUUCCCGUUGAACGUCUUAAACUUACAAUUGUAAUUUUUUUAAACAAAUUUCUUCUUGUUUCAAUACAUUUUCAACGUUCAAGUGUAAAAUUUUUUGAAUUUA